CUCUAAUUAUUCUGCCGAUUAAUCUACUCCGACCCAUUCCCCUCCAGCCGCUGAGCAGAGCUAGAAGAAGCGCAGCUCCGGCAGUGAGAGCUCACUCUGUGACAGGGAGGAAGAAGAGAGAGCAAUGGAGACGAUGGCAGCGGCCGCGCCGCCGCAGCAGAGGACGGGGGGCAUCACGCGGAGGCUGGCCAGGCUCCUACGCCGCAAGCGCACCCCGGCGGGGGCGGGGGUGGCGUACUCCGUCGCCGGGGACGAGUUCGACGACUCGCUCGACAGCUCCAUCAACUCGCUCAGCAAGCUCAAGCUCUCCGGCAACCUGGCCGCCGCCUACACGCUCGACGCCCUGUUCAAGAACGCCACGGAGAAGAAGGGGGCGGCGCAGCCGCCGCAGGUGCAAACGCAGGCGCAGGCACAGCCGCAGCCGUCUCCGGCGCCGGGGCCGGAGGCCGUCGCGAAGCACGCGUUCGUGGCGAGCCUUUUCGCGGGGGCGUCCGCGGUGAAGGCGGCGUACGCGCAGCUGCAGCUGGCGCAGCAUCCCUACGACGCCGACGCGAUCCAGGAGGCGGACGCCGGCCUGGUCGCGGAGCUCACCAAGCUGUCGGACCUCAAGCGGCGGUACACCAAGGACCCGGCCGCCGCGGCCAGGAGCGCGGCCGCCCUCGCGGCGCACGCCGACGAGCAGCGCCACCUGCUCCGGACCUACGAGAUCACGGCGCGGAAGCUGGAGGCCGAGCUCCGGGCGCGGGACGCCGAGGCCGCCCGCGCCCGCGCCGCGCUGGCCGACGAGCUCCGCGCCGCGCGCGCCCUGGAGGAGCGCGCCCACCCGGGCCGCACCCUCGCCGCGCUCGACGACCUCCACCUCUCCGGCCUCAACGCCACCCACUUCCUCACCGCGCUGCGGCACGCCGUCAAGGCCGUCCGCGGCUUCGCCAGGGCGGUGCUCGACGGGAUGCGGGCGGCCGGGUGGGACACCGCGGCGGCGGCCGCGGCCGUGCACCCGGGCGCCAGGCUGCGCGACCCGGCGGGGGACGCCCGGUUCGCGCUCGAGUCCUACGUCGCGCUGAAGAUGCUCGCCGGCUUCCACCGCAAGGACCUGGGCCUGAGCUCCCUGCACGCGCGGGGCUCCCUCGACCGGCGCCGCUUCUUCGACGAGUUCGCGGCGCUCAAGUCCGCGCCGGCGGCGGAGUUCCUGGACCCCGCGGGCGGCGGCGGCAGCGCGCGGUGGGGCGCGCUCCGCGAGUUCCUGCGGGACCGGUACCUGUCGGUGGUGCACGAGCGGAUGGAGGCGGCGUUCUUCGGCGGGCGCGGCGCCGUGAGAGGUGGGGACGCGUUCCCGCGCACGGCGUGGUUCGCGGAGUUCGCGGAGAUGGCGCGGCGCGUGUGGCUGCUGCACUGCCUGUUCUGGUCCUUCGACGGCGCCGCGUCCGUGUUCCAGGCGCGCCCCGGGGAGCGGUUCUCGGAGGUGUUCAUGGAGAGCGUCAGCGACGCGGACGGCGGCGGGACGGCGCCGGUCGGGUUCACCGUGGUGCCGGGGUUCAAGGUCGGGCGGACGGUGAUCCAGUGCCGGGUGUACCUUUCCCGCUCCGAGCAGCGGCCGUGACCUGACGAUGGCCCGCGGCGGCAGCGCAUUGCACUUGGGUUGCACACUUUCGUAUGUAUGUACGUAUGGAUCGAAAUCGAAGCAUGUACUUAUCUACCUACCGCUACGACCGACCAAUGUCCCAUGCAUUCCAGUACAAGUCUCUGCCCACAUUGGUCCUGUCUGCAUUUUUCGCUAGGAUCCGAUACCUUUUCCUUUCUUUUGCGCAUGUUGGUGCAUGAGGGGAGGGCGAUCCAGAUCACAUUCAAAAGUCUGAAAAGAGGGCGCGGCACAUGAGCUCCAUGCAGGAGCGGAAUCAGACAGACAGCUAAAUCCGGCAACACAUGGGCGGGCGGCCACAUGCGCUACGGUUUGGCAGCUACUGCCAGCGCCGAUCAAGAGAGGUUUUCCCCUCCAGAUCUACCUUCUUUUCGCUUUAUCUUCUUUUCGCGAGGGGGGGAUGAACUGGUCCUUUUUGUCGCCCACGUCAAAACUUACCACAUUUAUACAAUAGCCGA